UCUUCUCCACCCUUUCAAUCCAACAUGGCGGAAACUGGUGCAGACUCUCUGAAAGUGACAGAUGACUUUUCUUUAAGUUAUACUGGAUCUCCGGACCUCAGGAGCGUCCUGGUGACAAGCGUUCUGAAUUUAGAGAAGCUUGACACCGACCUUUACAGAGGGAAGCAUCACUGGGUUCCUCGGACUCGGCGCCUGUUUGGUGGUCAGAUUGUGGGUCAGGCUUUGGUAGCUGCUGCCAAAUCUGUCAGUGAUGAGUUGUAUGCCCAUUCACUGCACUGUUACUUUGUUAGAGCAGGAGACCCCAAGGUUCCGGUGCUUUACCAGGUAGAACGGACUCGAGAUGGUCGCAGUUUCUGUGUGCGAUCGGUGAAAGCAGUCCAGCACGGUCAGCCCAUACUGAUAUGUCAGGCGUCCUUUCACAAGCUGCAGCCCAGUCCACUAGAGCACCAGUUCACCAUGCCCAGCGUCCCCCCACCUGACGCUCUGCUCACAGUGGAGGAACUCAUCCAGCAUUACCUCAGCGACCCGAAUUUGGCUGAUAACGCUAAACAGGGGCUGAAUAAGAUCCUUGCAGAUGAGGUACCCAUUGAGGUGAAGAUAGUUAAUCCUCCUGAUUUUUAUAGACGUCUCCCCAUGGAGCCAAAAAAACUAUUCUGGGUACGAUCAAAAGGACACAUGGGAGAGGCAGACAUGAAACUGCACUGCUGUGUCGCUGCGUAUGUGUCCGAUUACUCAUUUCUCGGUACCACCAUGCUGCCAUUCCCCCAAUACAGAUCCCAGUUUUUAGCCUCUCUCGAUCACACCAUGUGGUUCCACAACAAAUUCAGAGCAGAUCAGUGGAUGCUGUAUGAAUGUGAAAGUCCAUGGGCAGGAGGCAGCAGAGGCUUGGUUCAAGGCCGCUUGUGGAGACAAGACGGCGUUCUGGCAGCUUCCUGUGCACAAGAGGGAGUGUUACGAGUGAAAGAUAUGACACAGAGUAAACUUUAGAUCCGUUUUCAUGCAGCACGUGUAAUUCCUGUGGCUCUUUAAGUGCAUCCUUCUAGACUGAUCGUGUGCUUGCAGUGAUUAAUAGUAAUUAACAUAGAUUUACACAAUCACAAUAAGACCUAAAGACGGCCAGCGACGGACCGUUCACAGAACAGUCAGUGAGAACAUCGAGUCAUUGUGUUAUCGGUUUGCUUAGUGAGAACUGGGUGUGGUGUCUUCUGUGACACUGAAAUUGUUUCAGCAGCAGACUUUCUACUAUAGAACAAAAGUAUUUGAAAUGAAUGUGUGUAAUGGUCAAGCUUGUGAAAAUAAACCACACAGAAGAAAUAAUCUGGGAUAGAUAAAGAUAAGAGAUUAUUUUCAUGAAAUUUUCAAUCAAGCAACAAAGAUAAAUACUGAUAAUAACAGAAUUUGGACAUUAAUUAAGCUUUAUACUGCAGUCAUAUUGAAUACUUCUGAUUGGUCAGAAGGUGUUGAUUAGUUUUCCAUUCCUCCCUCCAAAUCACGGCUCUUUGUUAUUGCUUCUAUAGUAACAGAUUACAAUGUGAUUUGUAUAACAUGUAUAAUUAUGAAAUGGUUACGAUUUCUGUGAGGAGACAGUUAACAAUUGUUGGUGACUUUCCAGUGUCAGAGCUUUAUAACGGCCAGGGGGUACUUCCGUAGUCUUCCGGCACUUGAUCAAUGAGUUUAAUGUUUUUCAUUAUAAUGACAGGCCAG